AUGUUUUUCGCCACAGUCCUUUUAGUUGCUUGCUUCGCGGACAUACGUGUUGCCGGUUUGAAGACCGGUGAUGGUGUGCUAGAGAUUCGCGAGCCGUACCCUACCGCCCACUUCCAAAUCUACGAUGCACCCGUGGAAGUUAGGCCAUCUAACCGCCGCGCAAUUGACAACACGGAUGAGUCGCACAGCAUCGCCUUGGCCUAUCUGCAGAACAGCCACGGGAUCCGGCCUGAAAAUGUCAGAGUUACAGAUGCUUACACUAAUAAAGACACUGGGGUCAGCCAUGUCUACGUACGUCAGACCUCUGACGGGCUCGACUUGAUCAAUAGUCUCACCAACAUAAACAUCGACGAUCAUGGAAGGGUUAUAUCGUCCUCCCAUGCCUUCGCACCAAUUCACGAGCUGCGCGAAAUAGUACGCUCGAGUAGGCGGAGCUUGACAACUCGCUCUGAUCAAUAUGCCUCGCUGAAGUCUGCAUUGAAGACGUUGAGCGAGCACCUCAAUGCAGAAAUUGACGACAAUGCACUCCAAAAAGUGCGUAUUUCUACGCUGUCCUCCGAUGAAGCUCAUGCUCCUACGCUCGUCAUUGAGAAUAUUCCUAUGACUCUGGCUGAAGAUGGUGCAGCUACGGCACAACAGUCAAUCAUGCAACGAUCAGACAGCUCCUUGGCUCACGUAUGGGAUAUAACUCUCCGGCAGGCAAAUCACCGCUGA